AUGGCUGUUUGGAAGCCGGACGUGCUUUGUGAUGGCGUGCUGGCCUCCGCCCGUAUGCAGUGGCUCGUGGAGAACCGUGGGCUGAAUGCAGAAGCCGCACAGGCACACGUCAUGAGCGAGUUUCCGGCGAGCUUUGGAGCUGGCCGACGGUGGAACCCUGACGAGAGUUGUGCCGGUGUGCGCGCCGAGGAUCGAGCCCGAUGGCUGGCACAGAACCACGGCAUGAGCGAGGUCGACGCGCAGAAGAAAGUGAUGCAGGAGUUUCCGCAGCUUUUCAUCUUGACUCAGGAGCCUGCGCAGGAAGCAGGGGCUCUGCAGACAGCUUCUGGGACAAGACCCCCAAGGUUGGGGUAUGCCUGUGGCCAGGGGGAGCUGCAAGGCAGUCCCGAGGUAAACCCUCCGAGCUGGCCAAGUUCCGUAAAGGUUCUCAGCACCGCUUCAUGCUAUGAUGUGGUGGAUCAGAUCUACCAGGAAAUGGCUCCGCUGGACAGCCAGUUCUCCAGCAGCAGGUACGCCUUGCUCUUUGAGGCAUCGCCCAAAAUGCACGACGUGGAUGUCCGAGUUGGGUUUUACACAUCCGUCUACGGCUUGGGGAGAAAACCCUCGGAUACGAAGAUCCGCUCUGUCACGUCCACCAACGAGACGCCUCAUCCGGAGCUCGGGUCCUUGCAGAACUUCUGGCGGAGUGCCGAAAACUUUCAGAGCAACUGCCAUCCGACCUACACUUGCGGCGGCCGUGGUGGCAUGCUCUGGGCCGUCUCGCAGGCUGCACCUCUGCGGCGUGCCGUCGUUGACGACAACCUUUGCCUUUCGUACUUUCGCCUCCCUCCUGAGGGCGUGAAGGCGAGUGAUCCCCGCUAUCCGAAGCAAGGAGCCUGCCUUGAGUACGAUGGAUGGGUGAAGCUCGGGUAUCGGGAUCCAGUUGCAGACUUCGCCAGCGGCGGUUUCAUGGCCAACGUGGAGGUUAGGGGGACGGUGAGCUUUGGCUCCCAGCAGCAGUUCUUUGCGCGAAACUGCUCUGCCAAAUCCUGGGAUGGAGGAGCUUGGAGCUGUGUCUUCGUUGGGUGCUCUGGUGCUCCCCAUCGUGAACAAGCGGAGGCCGCAUCGAAAGGCCCCGUCUACACCAGCAUUGCCACCUCGCAGGUGAUUGCAGAGAAGCCCUUCAUCAUCAGGGAGACCGACGGUCGCUACAAGCUGGUGGUUCCCUCUGCCAUGACUGGUCGGAGCGGCACAAACUUCGAGGUUGUGGAGGAGGAAAUGCGAGACUUCAGCGCAGUCUAUGUGGCCCAGCCGUCGAACGGUGCUGCCGAAAUCAACAAGAAAUUGGCGGAGGGGAAGGAUGUUGUCUUUGCUCCUGGCAUCUACAAGCUCGACGAGACGAUACAUGUACAAAGGAGUUGCCAGGUGCUGCUGGCUCUGGGCUUUGCGACCCUUGUGGCUCCGACAGAUUCACCUUGCAUCGUCGUGAAGGAUGACGCAGUGGGUGUGCGCAUCUCGGGAAUGAUGCUGGAGGCUCCUUACCGUCCGUUGGAAGCAACGUCAACUGAAAGCAUCUCAACAGUACCGAAGGCACUGCUUCAGUGGGGCUGCGGCAGGGAUGUGCGAAGCGAUCCGAUGGUGCCUGCAUCCUGGGGAUUUCUGCACGACUGCUUCGCUCGUGUCGGUGGCCAGGAGGCACCAUUCACUGUUCGUGAUGAACUUGAUCCCACCAGGAAACCAACGAUGCGACCGGACAGCAGCCGCGCCCUCUUCCAGUCUGAAGCUCGCUGCAGCACCAUGGUUCAGAUUCAAUCGCCCUGCGUGGUGGGCGACAACUUGUGGCUCUGGCGUGCAGACCAUUGGCUGAGCGAUCGGUACCUGGUCUACAACCAUGAGAACCGGUGCGAGACGGGACUGCAUGUUGGGCCCGAUGCAAGAUAUGUUACGAUGUACGGGCUUUUCGUAGAGCACACCUUGGGUGACAUGACGUAUUGGGAAGGAGAGGAUGGGACCACCUUCUUCUAUCAAUCGGAGCUGCCAUAUGAUGCCAUGGAUGCUGAUGCUGCCAGAAAGGUCUCGACGACGCCGUUCUCUGGUUCUGGGUAUCGCGUGGCGGAUUCUGUGCAGCGCCACACCGCACAUGGUGUCGGGGUCUACUGCUACUUUCGGGACUACGAUAUCAUUGUCCCGGCUGGCAUCAGAACACCAGAUGGCGAAGGAAUCAAGUUCCGGAAUGCUUUCACAAAGUGGCUCAACGGCGGUCCCAAAGUUUUCGCACCCGAGUCAUGCUUGCUCGUCUGUGAGAAGAAGUACGGGUGCAUUCAGUGUGUUCUUCAGAAGGGCUCUCGCCGCUUGGGUCCGUCCACGGAUAGUAACAAGGACAAGCCCCACUUUGUCAGCGCGUGA